AUGCCUGGUAAUACGAAUAAUAAUACUACUACCAGUGGUAGUGUUAAAACUAGACCAACUACACAUACUGAUGAUAGUCAGAAGGUGACCGAUCAGAAACAUGAAAUUUCUCCGAUCAUAGGUGUUUGUGGUGAUUAUACUAUUCGUACUGAUGAGGUCCAUAAGCCUAUUAUUUUGCCCGAUUUUGGAGAUGUUAAGAAGAAAGAAGGAACUGAAAUGAAUAAGAUUUACGAAGGUCAAUCUUAUAAUCAUCAAGAACUUAUCCAAUUAGAACACACUAAAACAGAGAUUUGUACUGUAUGUGAGCAAGUUCCUGCUGAGAAAAUGAUACGAUUUAAACAAGCCUUUCACUCGAUACCAUUCUAUAUCGAGUCUGAUAUAGUCGUAACGGGCACAAUGAUUGAUCAAGGAAAUCAACUUGCUUAUCUUCUCAAAGGUCUUGCUAAUCAUGUUUUUAAGGUUUCCAUUACAAUAAUACAUAUUUUUCGAGAUGUCAACAGCAAUAAAAUAGCAUUUAAUUAUGGGGGCGCAAUUUUCUUCAAUCUUCGUUAUUUUGAACAAGUAUAUGCUGGCGAACUAAAACCAUACCUCCGAAAAUGUACACAAUCAACUGCCAUUAUACAUACGGUUGUUAAUUUUUAUUUCAUGGUAUUUUGUCAUGAAUUAACACACAAUAUUUCAAAGCCACAUAAUGAAUACUUUGUUUGUUGGCUUGAAAACAUUGCUGUUAAAUUUAUGACUAGCAAAGAUAUGUUUCUUGAACAAUUUUCAUUUGAGAAAUAUAAGCAACAAACUUAA